AUGACAUUCUCUGCAGCCCCUCACACACACAAACAAUCACACACACACAAACAAUCACACACACAUAAACAAACAAUCACACAGACACACAAACACACAGAAACAAUCACACACACACAAACAAUCUCACACACACACAAUCACACACACACAAACAAACAAUCACACACACACAAACAAUCACACAGACACACACACACACGCACAAACACACAGAAACAAUCACACACACACACAAACAAUCACACACGCAAACAAACAAUCACACACACAAACAAUCACACAGACACAAGCACAAACACACAGAAACAAUCACACACACACAAACAAUCACACACGCAAACAAUCACACAGACACACACACACAAACACACAGAAACAAUCACACACACAAACAAUCACACAGACACACGCAAACACACAGAAACAAUCAUACACACACACAAACAAUAUCACACACACACACCCUCCCCAAAAGAUGCAUCCGUCACAAUUUAUUUUCAAUCGCGAGAAUCGCAAGAAGCAGCCCUGAAAGAAUUUGAGCGCACAGCUUGUGCAACUGAGAACGAGGCCAUAUCUCUCUCGCUCAUCUCUAAAGAUGAUUCCUAUCCGGGCGUGUAUGGUCUGGUGAUGCCAGAAACGUUGAUGCGCGAGGUUUUUAUUGAGCGACCUGAUAUCAACUUUCGAGCCGGUUGGGAGACUGGCCGAGAAUCUGAACCGGCUUUUAUGGACAUGAACUUGCAUGCUGUGCGACGCUCAAAUGCUUCCCCAAAGGUGGUCUUGUAUCAGUACGAUGCCACGGAUGAACUGAACCCACAUGGUUUGCUCAUUGCAUACGCAGAAGAGUACCAAGCGCACAAGAAAAAGAUCAGAAGUGUGAAACCAGUGGUGUCAGAUUUUGAUACAUUCACAGUUGGAAGCAUUGGAAUGACAUAUGAGGCAUUGCCUCAGUGUCAGGCAGACCUCAUGCAAUGGAGUCUGGAACAAGCAAAAGGUAUUCUGAGUAAACCUGGAAAACAAUGCUGGAAUUCCAGAUGGCUUGAAGUUCUCCAGAAAGCAAAUGCAGAGGGCUUUCAUCCAGCUAUUCCUCGAUAUGGAUUUGGUGACCCCACAUCAUACAGACUUAUUGAGGAGGUGGUGAAAGCGACGAGCAUUUCUGGAGCUGUCCGACACGGAGCGGAAUGUUUUAAUUUCUAUUUUCCGCAAGAGUUUGACUCCGAAUACCUCAUUGUUUGGCACGGAUUUCCAGAAAAACCUUGGGCCUACUGUGACAUGGCAGGGCUGCAGGCCUUUCUGAAAGAAAGGAUCAAAAGAGCUGACUUUGAUGCUCAAGCACUUACACAACUCAUGGAAGCGAAACAUCAUGACAAAGCGCUGCAAAUAGGCGGACACUCUGCAGCCCAGCUCAGAUUGGAUUUGCUGCUCCAAUGCCAGGACAGCCCGCUGUUUCUGGAGUUUUUGCAGAAGUUCCAUUUGACUAUUCUGAACAGCUGGAAUGCCAAGAAUCCACCGACAUAUGAUAAUCAGAUGAGUGCUUCCAGCAUUGAUCAUGUCAUCAUGCGUAUUGCAGAUGCUGACCACAUGGCCAAGGAUGUCAAGCUCAUCAAACUGGCCCCAUUUGUGCCAUUGACAGGUGCAGACAAGCAUGGCAGAUGCAAGAUGACCGAUGGCAACAGUUCCAAGACAGCUUUGUUUCAUGUCUGGAUCCACUAUGGACGCUUUCGAGCCCUGAAAAGACAGCAGCAGCGUCUGACGAGACAGCGGAAGCGCCAAAAGAUGCAGGCGAUACGGAAGCACACACCAAAACAACCACUGAAGAAAAUUCGGUUGAGACUGCCUGAUGGAACACCAGCCAGUGCGACACAAGCCAUGCAAAUGACACAGGCUUACAUUCAGAAGAUUUGGCAUAGCAGUACCCCAAUUGUAUUGCGUCAACCUGCUCCGGUGGGGGUGCCUUUUUCCUUGGAAGAGUUAGCACAGGAGAUUGCCUGCAUUCCCAUGACAAAGGCUGUUGCACGGAGCUGCCUUCCCGGCCUUUGCUGGAAAACCAAUGCAAGUCAGGUUGCCAUUUUCUUCUAUGCCAAAUUACAGCAGUGGUGGACAAGCCAGCCAGUAUUCAUUCCCCAACAGUGGAAAGAUGCUCACCUCACAUUCAUCAAUAAACCUGCCAAGAGUCCAGACAGACUUGAACAUCUGCGCCCACUGGCGCUGUUGGAGCCGGUGGGGAAAUGUGUGCUUGGACUUCUCACCAAAAAAGUUGCUGCUGAGAUACAACCGUUGAUAAGUCCUUGGCCGCAGAUGGCAUUCAUGAAACAGAGGUCCACUUACGAUGCCAUCAGAAGAGUGGCACAACACUGUGCCUUGGUGCGCACCCUGACAGCCUCUCAGCGAAGAAGUGUGCAUGAAAGGGCAAUGCAAGAACCCUGUCAUCAGAUCUGUGGUGGUCUGCAGGUCCUGUUGGACGCAAACAAAGCGUUCGAUUUAGUACCAAGACAGACCUUGUUCCAAUUCCUCAAUGGUCUGCCGAUCAGCCAGGUUUUGAUAACACUGCUGAGUGAAUGGCAUGUUCACACUGCAUACAUCGUCAAUGAUGGCACCGUGCAACAGCGCGUCACCACCGGCCGCGGUGUCAGACAAGGCUGCCGGGCAGCCCCAGUUUUGUGGUCCAGCCAUACACUGCACGUGUUUUACAAACUGCGCGAUCUCAUCGAUGAAACAUGGAUCAAACAGUGCCUCACAGUGUUCGCUGACGACUUUCAUUGUUGCGAGGUGUUUCGAAGUGAGGUCCAAUUGCAAGAUGCCCUGCACAGAAUUGGUAUCCUACUAGAUACGCUGGAACUGCUUGGAGUCCAACUGAAGCAUGUCCAGACUGCCAGUCAGAACUCAAGCCAAGCACUGAGCCAGCCGCAGCGCUUGCCCACGCCCCUGAUGGCAACUGAGCAGGAAUAUCCCAAGCUCACUCAUGCCAUGUUGACAAUGCUGAUGAGUAAACCGUACGGCCCUGCUGCCCUGACCCUAGUUCAGGAACGCAAUUGGGAUGCCUUGCAACAGCUCACAGCCGCUACAGCCGAUUGGACACACCACUGUGUGAUCUGUGGAGUGUAUUGCAACCGGCCGCAGGAUUUGAAUCUGCACUUGCGGACCCAGCACCCAACAUUGCUGCCACACGUGAUGUCCAAGGCCAGUCAACUAGGACGCGCUCAAGCAUCAAACUCCCCUUGCCGAUUUUGCAACAAGACGUUUCGCAGAGUGCAUCAAUGCCCCAUCAUGGUUCAAGCAGCCUUGUUAUUGGUCAACACUGAUGCGACGGGCCAUUCUUAUUCUUGUCCAGGUGAUUCUGUCCUUCGUUGCGAUGUCUGUGCUGAGCAGUUCCAGGAGAUCCUUCAAUUGCAUUGCCAUUUACAUGAGCAGCACCGUUUAGAACCCCUGGACUGGGAUCCUCUCAGAGACAUGCUGGCGGGAACGGAACCAGUGUGCGCACACUGUCUUGCCAUGUUUGCCGAAAAAUCUGCCCUUCGGCAGCAUAUCACGUUGGGGCAAUGCAUGAGUUUCAAUCCAACACGCCAGCCCACUGAAACCCCGGUCACACCGGAAUGGCAGGAGCUUCUCUCCUCUGGUGACAUCACCCAGCUCCAUCAGGCACCCCAGAAGCGUUUGCACUUGACCCUUCGAUGCCAAUUCUGCCAGACUGCUUUUCAAAGAACUGGAGAUCUCUCAUUACAUCUGCAGACGGUUCAUAGCAAGCUCUGGAGUGAUUCACAGACACACGUUCAGCUGCUUGUUGAAGCCAGCCGACGCAUUGGAUGUCUCUGUAACCCAUCGACCAAUGCCAGUGGACUUCAGCACAUUUGCGUUGCAUACAGGCAGCUUGGAAUGAUGGUGCAGAAGCUGACACUUCCCAUGUUCUUGCCUUGGACUUUUGAGAGGACACAGAUUCAACAGUUUUUGACCGCAGUGAUCACAGAACCAAUUGGCAACCGCCUGUGCGACAUUCUCUGCACUAGGUCAUUUGAGACGCUUUGGACUGAUCCCAUGCUUGUGCGCCUUUUACGCACCAGAUGCCUUCUAUGUGGACUGCAAUUGCAUCCUGCUGAAGUCACCGGACAUCUGCAUCGAGUCCAUGCCCCAGAAGUGCAUGAUCACCGCACUCUGAUGCCGCAGCUGAUGUUUGCAGUCAGCCGCGAAAACCAAACAGACUACAGGAACUGUCGUCCAGAUCAGUUUUGGCUCAGAUUCAUUUGCAACACCAGUGCCCUGUGGUUCUGCAAUUGGCCUUGCUUCUUCAAGACCAUGGAGUUCAACCCACAUCUCACCGCAGAAGACUCCGAGAUGUUGGAGACCUUCAAACAGAUGAGCCCUCUCCUGAAGAUGGAUCGAUACGACAGACCAGAAGGCGACAGAAGUCAAAAGAAGCACAAGGCCGACAUGCGUCAGCCCGCAGAGUUCAAAGGCGACGACACUCGCCUAUUACAGGCGAUGGGACAACUCCUGUUGAAAGUGGAUGCCGAGCAACAAGCGCUGAAGCGUCAAGACUCAUGGAUUUGCUUCAUGCAAACAGAGUCACAGGCCAUCCUGCCGGCCUUGGUCCUGAAAGCGGCCGAAUGGAAGCAGAAGCUGACGGUGAAACAGGAACUGCCAGACCAGCCAGCUCUCCCGCUACGGUGCUUCCUGACCCAGCACUUGGCAGAAACGCUCCAUCACAGACUGACCAAGCUCGCCCAAUGCAGCAACGAGGACCCCUUGAAGAAGGUCGCGCUGGAGCAGGGCCUAUUGACACCAGAGGGACACUUUCCGUUUCAACGAUGGAGUGCCCAUGCACAGAGCCUCAAGCCCACGCGUCAGACACCCAUCUCCCUGCAGAGGAUGGUGAAGUACUCAGAGCAGUUGAUCGACAUCCUGAAAGACGCCAGUGUGACGGUGAAAUUUCACAGCAUGAGACCGAUGUCAACAGAAGCUGUGGUGCCCUGGAUGUGGCAAAUUUCGAUGCGAGCAGACGAUCUUCAGGUACUACUGACAACCCUGCAAGGGUGCACUGUAUGGGCCCUCUUGGGCAUGUCGAUGAAGCCCCACGCCCUUUACCAGAGCAAGCAGGGGCAACAACUUCAGGCUCUGCUCGGGAAGGGAUCCGGCAAGACUCAGGGCAAAGGACAUGACACAGCAGGCCACUGCAGGACACUGCUGCGGGUGGAGAUGAAUGCGACAGCCCGGGCACCUCACAUGUUUUUAUUGACGGAGGACUGGCUGAAAGCUGUUCCAGUGUGGAAAGAACCAUAUUGGUUCUUACGCAACAUCACAUGCUUCUGGUUGGGUGAUUGGGAUCACGUUGAUCUUUAUGAUUUGCCACUGACGGAUUCCCACAUGCCCCCACGCCCACCGGCUGCAGCCAGACCGGUUGUGACUGCACGUGAUUUGCUCAGCCAUUUUGCGGAAGGAACUGAAGACACAGGAGACGACAUUUUGCAAUUUGCCAUGCCUGAGCGAUCCAUUGCUCAACAGCCAUCCGGCCCAUUCUCACCAGCUCUUGUGUAUAGUCACGCUGGGUUCUCAAGUCCCUGCGAAAGGGCCAUCAUGCACAGCUAG